AUGGCGUACUCGUCCCGUGGGGUCCUCAAUGUGGUGGUGGUGGUGGUGCUUGCCAUCCUCAUGGACCUUCUGCAGAGUUCUGAAGCCCUCAAUCCCAGCUGCAAUCAUUUGGCCGAUGAAGGGACGGCCGUCGAAUAUGUAGAGCGGGCGCUGAAGUUCUACUACGAGGUACAGGAUGACAUUUGCCUGCCCUUCUUCUACAAGGGCAACGGCGGAAAUGCCAAUCGCUUCACUCGGUUUCGCGACUGCAUGAAGACGUGUUCUAAGCGAGUGAUCCAGCUGUACCCUGCCGGAGACAAGGUGUGCAUCCUUCCCCCGGACAAAGGCGUUUGCCUGGCUCACCUGCUCAGGUGGCACUACAACAGCACGCAGAGGGUGUGCAACGUGUUUCUGUACGGCGGCUGCGGUGGCAACGGGAACCACUUCCAGUCUCUGGAGGAGUGCCAGAAGAUGUGCUCGCCGCUCUCGAUGAGGACCAUGGUGGAGAAGUCAGCUGCUUUGUCGGGCCCUUCUGGAUUGGACACAGGAGCUGUCACCGGGAUUGUCCUGGGCUGUAUGUUUGCAGCUACGGUGGCCGCCACCUUAACUGUAUUCUUCUUGCGAAGAAAAAAGCGUUCUGGCAAAAAGAAAGUGAAUGGAGAGGCGGUUGAAAUGAGUUAAACACAAGAAGCACAGGUUUACAGAAUGCCGUAUCGUGAGGCAAAUAAUUGUGAUCGAAUUACAAAGUAAAAACAAAACACGUUGACGUGGCUUUACAAUGUCUACUACUAUGCACCUACUCAAAUAAGCACGUACUCUUUUUUGCAAUGGUGCUUUAAAAUUACUUUUUUUAAAUAAUCGUACAUGAUGUAACAGGAAUCUUCAUUUCAAUUGGUCUCUUAUGCAAGCGUAAUAUCUCUGUAGCACUGAAGCUUAAUCUCUAUGUAGUUUUGAGAUCAUUUGGUUCUUGUUUUCUACCAAAUGCAAAUUGUAUUAAAACAUUUUAUUGUAAUCGCACCUGGCGAUUUAGCUUCGCGGCAUGUAAGAUUCAGCACCGAUGGUAAAUCCAGGUAUAAAUAAACAAUGCAAUAAAACCUAGCACAGUGAGGUGUGCAAUGUUUAGUGAGUGCUAACGCCAUUAGGCUCACUUUCACUUUGCUUCAUCAUGUUCCAUUGCCUAUUAAGUUGACAUCUUCAUUCGUAACACAAUUCUAACGCUGUAAAUUAAACACUGUAAAAAAAUAACAACCAAUAAUUUACAGCCAUUUGCCAAUCCACUGCAGGAGGAAUGCCCCCACCAUGACGUGUUGUUCGUGGGGGUUGUUUGACCAUACUUCACUACAAUUGUCAGUACAGCCUGCCGUUGGUGGCGUUUGUAUGUGUGGGGUACCGUACAUGGCAAGUGGGUUAUAAUGGGGUGGGUGGAGAUGGGUGUAAACAGGUGCAGGCUACUGCACGAGGGAAGGUUCUAGAAGGGAGGUAGGAGAAGGUGGAGUCUGCUGGAAGAAUCUUCCGGGGGAAGUGCUGGAAGUUACCGGGACGUGCCCGAGAGGGUGUAGAAGGGGGGAGCUAGGCCCGGCGCUCGGGGACUGAAGGACAACUGCAGGUGGACGACAUCGGGGCCGACUGUUGGAGAUCGACAUCGUGGAAAUCAUCGGGGCCGACUGUUCGAGAUCUACAUGGUGGAAACCAUCAAGACGGACUGUUCGAGGUUAAUCUCGUGGAAACCACCGGGGCUGCAGAUAGCCUUGUGGAACGUGUUAGUCGUACUCUCGCCUUGUAAAUACGCUAAUGUCAAAUAAAUCGUCUAGAAAAUGAAACCUGCGAAGGAGCUUCGUAUGUUGAACUUCCUUCGCACCGUACGUAGCUAACCGUGCUGAUCGAAGGCGCAGGGGAAGGACGGCAAACGCAACAUAAAAAUCAGUUCAAAAUCUUAAGAAAUUCGUUUUAAAUCUAGAAUGGUUUGGAGAGAGGUCAGGACUGGUUCAGAUCCCACUCACAACUGACACUCGUUGAAAAUAAAACUGCUCAUGAUUAUUAAUGAGGGGGGGUGUUCAAUGAAGAGUGACGUCACUUGUGCAUGAUUAUUAGUGAGGGCGGGGAGUAUUCCAUAUUGAAUGACGUCACCCACUCAUGAUUAUUAAUGAGAAGGGGUAGGGGGGGUGUCCAUUUGGUGGACGUCACCUGCUCAUGAAUAUUAAUGAGGGUGGCUGGUCGACGUGGAGUGAUGUCAGGAGCGUUAAGGACAGACAUUCCUGGGUGAUUAUAGUCGGUAUGUUGAGGUGUUUUUGUUGCCACUGCCAACACAACAUCGCAAAAUAAUUUGUCAAAUUACAAUACAUAUAUCCUCAAACAGGAAGCUCAUUGGGGCCGUCCAUAAAUGACGUCACGCGAUUUUUGACGAUUUUUGAUCC